CACAGAGUGAUGACUGUACAACACGUCACGCAGAACAAAUAAAAUGGCGGUGCCCGGUGGAAAGCCUCCUCUUCGGAGAAAGUUGAGCGAUGUUGGCUCCUUCAAAGAACUCUCAAAGAGGGAUGCAAUCGCUUCCCUUGCCAUGGAAAUUCGCAAGCUGAUGGCUACUGUUCAAGCUGGCAUGGAAACUGAAUUCAGAGACAACUUUGACGGAUUCAGUAGACUGUUUUCCCGAUGGAUCCUGAGUAGUGGACCUGCCUUGGAAUGGAGCAGCAUUAAACCCUUACCUGGUAGUGCAGUGAAGAACUAUGAUGAAUUGGUGAAGCCAAUUGAUGACCAGUUGGCACAAAACAUCCUGAGCAAGCUAGUAGUUGUGAAAUUGAAUGGUGGUCUUGGAACCUCCAUGGGCUGCACUGGUCCAAAAAGUUUGAUCUCAGUCCGAAAUGACUUGACUUUUCUUGACCUGAACGUACAGCAGAUUGAGAGUCUGAAUGUCAAGUACAACGUCGAUGUUCCACUUGUGCUCAUGAACUCAUUCAACACGGAUGAAGAUUCGGCCAAAGCCCUGAGGAAAUAUGCUGGAUUCAGAGUGAACAUUCACAGCUUCAACCAAAGCCGGUAUCCACGAAUCAACAAGGAGACCUUGAUGCCGAUGACAACAUCGUGUACCGGUGACGCAGAUGACUCCUGGUAUCCCCCUGGUCACGGUGACUUCUACGAAUCUUUCGUACUGUCAGGACUUCUUGACCAAUUCAUAGAACAGGGAAAAACCUACUGCUUUGUCUCUAACAUCGACAACUUGGGAGCAACAGUGGACCUGAAUAUCCUGAAUUUGUUGGUUGGUAAUGAGCAGCAGGAGUCACCAGAAUACGUGAUGGAGGUCACAGACAAGACUAGGGCUGACGUUAAGGGUGGUACGCUAUGCUGGUAUGAGGAUAAACUCAAACUGCUGGAGAUAGCUCAAGUACCGAAAGAACAUGUUGACGAAUUCAAGAGCGUGAAUAAAUUCAAAAUUUUCAACACAAACAACUUGUGGAUUAACUUGGAGGCGAUAUCGAGGAACGUAAAGGCAAAGACACUGCAGAUGGAGAUUAUCGUCAACCACAAGACGCUUGACAAUGGUGUAAACGUCAUUCAGCUGGAGACUGCUGCUGGUACAGCCAUUAAGAACUUUGAGGGUUCCAUUGGCGUGAACGUGCCGAGGAGCCGCUUCCUGCCCGUGAAGAAGACGUCCGACCUGCUGAUCGUCAUGAGCAACCUGUACAAAAUGCACAACGGCACGCUGAAGAUGAGCCCGGACCGCGCGUUCCCCUCCGUGCCCCUCGUCAAGCUCGGCGACAACCACUUUGCCAAGGUGCGCGAGUUCCUGGGUCGAUUUGCCAGCGUUCCAGACAUGAUUGAGCUCGAUCACCUGACAGUUUCUGGCGACGUGACCUUCGGCAAGGGCGUAGCCCUCAAGGGAACUGUCAUCAUCAUCGCUAACCACGGAGACCGUAUCGAUAUACCUCCAGGUGCUAUACUGGAGAACAAGAUUGUAUCGGGCAACCUUAGAAUCAUGGACCACUGAUCAGGGCUUCCAAUUGAUGAUCGCUCAGCCCAUGGUCGUUGUUAUGUUGUAAGACAGUCAGUAUAGUUUAAAUGCGUCGGCAUUUGUUGGAAAAAAAUAUAACAACCAAUAGGCGUCGUUUUAAUCCAAUAAACCAAGUCGGGGUUUUCAAUCAUGCGAGUUUUGCCUUCGGGCAAAAUAUCACUGCCAGUAUUUGUUGUGUUGUGUAUUUUGCCUGCGAAUGUGUGAUGAGUAACAGGGGAGGUCUAGUCUGUCUUGGGUUUGUUCUUAAUCGAACUAAUUCAGUAUAUUAUAAUUCAUUUACAUUUAGUUAACGUAGAUGUGCGUAGGUGGAUUCACGUAGGGCAAGGUCUCACUUCCUACCUCCCUUAACCCUGCUGACUUAAGUCUUGUGUUACUGUGUUUCCACUAAGUGCAUGAUGCAUUUAUAUUGGAAUUGGCAGCAAUAUCAGAUUUUAACCGGAUUUUAUGAUAAUACUAAAUAGGUAAUUCCAUUAAGAGCUUUUGUUUCAGUUUUUUGUUUAGCCAACGGUUAAACCGUAUUCACUGUAUCAACUGUAGGUACAGAAUAGUCACAUGCGUGGAUACUUUGUAGGAAAUUUUGCUUUAGGCACUGUGCCACACGAGAUGGGGGGCGGGGGUAGAUAUACUUAUGGACUCAGUUCAUGAGAUAUCUGAUAUGUUUUGAAAGCAGAAGGCAUCAAUAGCAGUGAGAUCACUAUGGAAUGCUCAAAGGGAGGUUGUUUAAAGAAUGAUAUGUAAUGUCGCAAAAUGAGGUUGUUCCUUUUAGCCUUUACAGAGCUGGUCACACGAGGCAAGUGCAGCAGUGUUUAAUUUUAAACGGAAUCUGAAAAUUAUUUUAAAUCCUAAUGCUAUUGUGCAUUUCGUUGUGGUGUGGGCAUAAAGGUAUUCAGAUAUGAAACAUGAUUGGUAGUGCCACACUUAUUUUUAGCUCAUCUGACAUAGUCGGAUGCAGCUUGUAGAAUCGCAUGAGCGUGCGUCCGUCCGGCCGUGCGU